AGCAUUCCCCCUUCAUCCUGGGAGCUUUUGCACUUUGACUAUGAAUCCGAUGAAUGGUCCAGGGGGUGCGCCCGCCCUGUGGCAGGAGGCCCGCAAUGCCGAAGGCCGAGUCUACUACUACAACGUGCAGACGAAAGCCACGCAAUGGGCGAAGCCUGUCGAGCUGAUGACGCCGGUUGAGCGCGCGCUGGCGAAUCAACCUUGGAAGGAAUACACAACGGAUAAUGGGCGCAAAUACUGGUACAACACUGAAACCAAGCAGAGCACCUGGGAGAUUCCAGAUGCUUACAAAAACGCGUUGGCACAGGCUCAACCUCCUCAGCCUCCCCCUGUAGCAGCCCCGACAUUCGUUGCAGGUGGAGUCAGCUCGUUCCCAUCAUAUCCCCAGCAAAGAGAACGCGACGACUACGAGCGAGGAGGCUAUGGUGACCGCCGUGGAGGAUACAAUUCAAUGGACACUAAUGGUCUAGCAGCGGCACCCGUCUUGGGUAACCAGCAAGCCGACCCGGAAUACGGCUCCUUUGAAGAAGCCGAGAGUGCAUUCAUGAAGAUGCUAAAACGUCACAACGUGCAGCCUGAGUGGACUUGGGAGCAGACCAUGCGUGAAACCAUCAAAGAUCCUCAGUAUCGUGCCCUGAAAGACCCCAGAGACCGCAAGACAGCCUUUGAGAAAUAUGCGGUCGAGGUUCGCAUGCAGGAAAAGGAUCGGGCGAAAGAAAGAUUCGCUAAGCUCAGAGCAGAUUUCAAUACCAUGCUGAAACGUCAUCCUGAAAUCAAGCACUACAGUCGGUGGAAGACCAUUCGACCGAUCAUUGAGGGCGAGACCAUCUUCAGGUCCACCGACGACGAGGCUGAGAGACGCCAGUUGUUCGAGGAGUAUAUCAUCGAGCUCAAGAAGGAUCACGUUGAACAGGAAGCGGUCAAGCGCAAGGCUGCCAUGGACGAAUUAGUCAAUAUCCUGAAAUCCUUGGACCUCGAGCCGUAUACACGCUGGUCUGAGGCGCAGGCGAUCAUCCAAUCCAACGAUAGAGUGCAGAGCGACGAUAAGUUCAAGACCCUCAGCAAGUCUGAUAUCUUGACUGCUUUCGAAAAUCACAUCAAGGCGCUGGAGAGAGCAUUCAACGAUGCUCGUCAGCAGCAAAAAGCCGCGAAGGCCAGGAAAGAACGCCAUGCUCGGGAGCAAUACCUUGAGCUUCUCAAGGAAUUGAGGUCACAGGGUAAAAUCAAGGCCGGCAGCAAAUGGAUGAACAUUUAUCCUCUGGUCCACGAAGAUCCUCGAUAUCUUGGCAUGCUGGGGAACUCUGGAUCAUCCCCCAUCGAUCUUUUAUGGGAUGUGGUUGAGGAGGAGGAGCGGUCGCUGCGCGGCCCCCGGAACGACGUAUUGGACGUGCUUGAUGACAAACACUUCGAGGUCACUCCCAAGACCACAUUGGAAGAGUUCAACUCCAUUGUAUCCGCCGAUCGCCGAACAGCAAACAUUGACUCUGAGAUCCUGCAGCUUAUCUUCCAGCGGAUCCAAGAGAAGGCCAUUCGACGCAACGAGGAAGAGAAGCACGCCGCCGAUCGGCAUCAACGACGCGCCGUCGACGCGUUGCGCUCGCGCAUCAAGCGCCUCGAACCCCCUGUCCGAGCCAACGACACCUGGGAACAAGUGCGGCCGAGAAUCGAGAGGUUCGAAGAAUACAAGGCGCUGGAAACCGAUGAACCCCGUCAAGCAGCCUUUGACAAAGUGAUCCGGCGCUUGAAGGAGAAGGAAGAAGACGCCGAGAGAGAGAGGGAGGCCCGCGACCGAGACCGCGGCAGCAGCCGUCGGGACCACCACGACCGGGAUCGGGACCGUGAGCGUGAGCGCGACCGCGAUCGCGAUCGCGACCACCGCAGCGGUCUCUCCUACCGUGGCGAACGGCGAGGAGCGUCGAGCCGCCUCAGCCGGACCCCGGAGCCCGACGCCUACGAAGCCGACCGCCGCAAAGCCCAAGCCGACCGCGAACGCUCUUACCGCAAAGCCAGCGGCCUAUCGCCCGUGCGUGAGCGCCGCGAAGACCGCGACCGAGACCGCGACCGCGAACGUUACCGCGAGCGGGAGCGCGAUCGGGAGCGCGAUCGGGACCGUGAGCGGGACCGGGAUCGCGACUGGGAUCGCGAGCGCAGCGUCCGGUCCCUGAGCCACUACGACCGGGAGCGGCGCGACCGCGAAGAGGAGCGCGAGCGCCUCUACCGCACCCGCGGCGACCCCCGUGGCAACCGUGACGAGCUGGACUACGGCGCCGACACGAAGAGCACCACCAGCAACAACAACAACAACAACAACAACAACGACCGACGACGCAGACGCGACAGUGACGCCGAGAGCGUGGCCAGUCGCUCCGCGAAGCGGUACCGUCGCGAGAGCCGAGAACGCGAUCGCAGCAGAGGCGCCCGCAGAGGUGGCGCGGCGGAGAGGGACCGUCGCGAACGUACCCCCGUCGCGGCUGCAGCUGUGGCCGCACCAGGGCCAGCUGCUGCCGUAGCAGAUGAAGCGAAGAAAGAGGACAAGGCGGUUCACUCCGGCAGCGAGGAGGGUGAGAUUGAGGAGGAUUAGGCGUGCGUUUGGAAGAUGGCUACCCCUACUGCCACUUUCUUUCUUCCCAGGGUUAGAUAGAAUAAAGCCCAAUCCAUGUCCUCAUCGAUUGAGAAUUCUUGCAGCAGAGGUGUUGUAUCCUGGAAAUGGACCCCGUGGUUUGUGUAUUAUGUAGCGUG